GACGACUUUUCUAAACAGGCGCUAAUUUAACGCCACUUCCAAGUCCACACGAGGAAAAGCACAGAAUUUAAACUCAGGAAAUCAGAGUUUGACAGUUGAUACUGAGUCGUGUUGGCGAGUUGGUUCGUUUUGGGGUCAAACUGACACUUUGACAACGUGAACCACGAGGUGCUUCCAGGUUCAUGUCUGCAGCAUCGCUGUUGCUACGGUUACGCCUGUCGUCAGAGUUUUCCAGUCGUCGCCGUCGCCAGCGCUGCUCCUCCGUCAGAGGGUUCCCUGAGACCAUCUACUUCCUGUUCACACCCGAGUGGUCAGGUGUGUUUCCAGGCCAGGCCGAGGCCGAGCUGCAGGAGUUCCGUCCGUACUACAGGAAGCAGUUCAGCGUCGCUCGUCUCUCUGAGGUGGAGGACGACCUGCAGCAGCAGCAGCAGAAGAUCACGCAGCUGCUGCGACACCGGGAGGCGCCUCAGGAGGGCGCGGUCCUGUACGAGGAGGCCGUCCUCUACUUCGACGACACCAGGAAGUGGCGCGACCGCUACGUGGUGGUGAGAGCCAACUACUGCCUGGAGUGUCACGAGAGCCUGGAGAGUUUUGUCAAAGGAUUCCCACCGCGACACAAGCUGCUGCCCACAGGGGGCGCUGUUCUGACCACAGAGGAGAAGUACAUGGCCAUGGUAGACAGGUGUUUCCCUGACGACACCAGCGUGAAGGAGGAGUUCGCCCCCCCGCUGUCGGGAAUGCCGGGUCAGUUCCCGGUCUACCUGCGUCUGCCCUACAGGAGAGACUCCUACUUCUGCUUCAAGCAGCAGGCCAAGCAGGACGUCUUCCUCUCCGUCCUGUCCGACUGCAUCCGACACCAGAACCAAGACUUCCUGAAGAAGAAGACGUGUGAAGUUCAGGCGUUCCUGAAAGCCGUGCAGCUCUACAGGCAGGACAAGGGCCGCUACGAGGCCUGGGACCUGCUGAUAGGAAGUGACGUCAGGGUUCUGGCGAACGUGGUGAUGGAGCAGCUGCUUCCGUCUCUGGAGAACGACAUGCUGCCUCGUCUGAAGGCCAAGAAGACGGAGAAGAAGAGAGUCUGGUUCGCAACGGUGGAGGCGGCGUACGUCCUGGUCCAGGAGCAUCUGCUGGAGGGUCUGUCGGCGCUGAAGGAGGAAUGUCGCACGUCGGUCCGGCAGCAGGAAGUUCUGAUCCACUCCGACAUGGACCAGAUCCUCAACUCCAGACGCCAGUUGGAGGAGAAGGUCCGAGCCAAAGUGUCGGAGCGGGCGGAGAAGCUGUGCUCCGAGUCGGUGCAGCCGUACCUGGGCUCCGUCCUGGAGGAGCUGAUGGAGCCGAUCAGCUCCGGCUUCCUGGAGGGACGACAGCUGAGCGAGAACAUGAUGGACGCGUGUCAGGACGUCCUGGUGGGAGGAGACAAGGAGGAACUGAAAAAGGCUCUCGCCGACAUGUCGAGACCGAACCUGCGCAGCUGCUACCAGAAGAUUGGCUCGCUGCAGGAGCGUCUGCACAACCUGCAGGACAGAUUCUCCUUCUCCAACGUGGCAGGAGUCAUACACAGCGCCCAGAUCGACCUGCAGCUGCUGAUGGAAAACGCCGCCUACACGUUCGAGCAGCUGCUCCACAAGGCCGUGCAGGAGAACCCGGACCACGCCCACAACGCCGGCUCCGCCCUCGAGAAGGCCAAACACAGAAUCCUCAAGCAGUACGACUACGACAGCAGCUCGGUGAGGAAGAGGAUCUUUCAGGAGGCUCUCGUCUCCAUCACGCUGCCCUUCAUCAAAAAGAGCCUGGCCCCCACCUGCAGAGCUGAACUCCAGGGACUCGAACAGUUCAUCGACGGCGACCACUCGAGCUUCAUCCACGUGGAGAAUGUCUACGAGAGCGUCCUUCUCCAAACGCUGGACAAGGAGGUCACCAGAGUGGUGAAGGAAGCGGCGAGCCUGAAGAAACACAACCUGUUCACCGACAGCAGGGACCUGCUCAGCCAGUCCAGCCGCUCCAGCCUCUCCUCGCCGACCGCCUCCACGCCGGGCAGCCCCGCCAUGGCGCCUGCCUCCCCCGCUAAGACCUCCCACGAGCCCCAGCCCCCCUCUCCGCUCGUGGCCCACGGUCCGAACGGCGAGCGGCACAGCGCAACCUCGACGGACGUGACGGAGAUCGAGACGCCUCUGGGGAAAGUGUCUCAGAGCGUCGCUGUGAGUCCGGAGGACGAGGUCGUCAGGACCGUGACGGUGGAGGCAGAUGUAGCAGACGCAACUGCUCCGGCUGAGACGCAGGAUGUUAAUGUGAUGGAGACUGUGAUCCAACAGGAAGUGAUUUCUGUGGAGACAGAACGUGUGGCGGCAGCUGCUGAGCCAGAGACGCCGAGCACAGACGUCCCAGAAGAAUCUGAAUCAGCAUUGGCAGAAAUUCCCAAUGCGGUUGAAAGUUUGAAGACAGACGUUCAGUCAGAAGCUGCGGCAGCAAGUCCUGGUCCCGCAAAUGAAACCACCUCAGCGGGCGCCGGUUCCCCGGCAGCAGGCGGCAGCGAGGGCGAGGCCGAGAGCUCAGGGGUCGAGCUGGAGGCGGCCUCUAGUGGCGAAGCAGUCAUACCUGGAGAGUUCAGACCGGACCUGAGGGACGAAUCUGAGCCCGCCACCGGCUCAGACCCCAACUCCCUGGAUGUGUCGUUCGGAAGCGAGUCGCCGCCGUCGAACCCGGACUCUGGAGAGGAAGCCAGAACCUCGCAGAGCAGCGAGGACGAAGUCUCGACGACCUCCGACGUCCUGGAGGACGACGCUGCCGACCUCAGCAAAUCCCCCGAGAGCUCGGACGACGCACCUGAGGACGCGAGCGCCGAGCCACCGCCGCCUCCUCCUCAGACCCGGGCGGAGCCUGCGGGCGCUGAGGUCGGCGUGAGCGAGGACGUCGGAGCAGGAGCGAGCGCAGAAACUGGGGCCACAGACAUUUCGCGUCCCGAGCCCGUGACGGAGGAGACGGCGUCCGGCCCCGGGGAGGCGGCGUCCGGCCCCGGGGAGACGGCGUCCAGCCCCGGAGCGCGGGCGCCAGACUGCGUCAGGGACAUCAGAGACCUGGUGGUGGAGGUGAUCGAGGUGGAGGAGCUGCUGCAUCGUUUCCCCGGUGGGAUUCACAAAGAAGAAUAAAUCUUCACGAUCAAUCAGAGCAGCAGCAGCAGCGUCUCCACAAACUUUGACACAUAUGCAUGAAAUUACUUUUAAAAUUAUUUAUACGAAUCAAUAUCAUCAAAGACAAAUUGUCACAUCUGUUUGGUUCACUUUAUUAUACUUUUCUUUUAAAAUACUUAUUAUUUUAGCACCAGCACGUUUUUUUAUGACCGUAGAUUGUUAUUGAUUUAAACUCUGGAAUAUAUAUAUAACAUUAUAUAUAUAUCAAAAUUAAAAUUAGGGAGAUUCCCUAAGACAUAGUUAUCAAACCUUUUUGACAAAGAAAUGUAACCAUCAAUUUUAUAGAACUAUAAAUAGAAAGAAAACACAAAUAUAUAGAACUUGAACUAAGAACAUUUGACGUAAAAUGUAAACAAACAACUUCUCUGCAUCGUUUCCUCUGUAAAAUAAAAGCAAACAUAAUCUCAGAUUCCGAUUUGUCCGUGAAAGAAUCAUAUCGACUGUUUAUCGAUAUCCCGGCUCCGCGGGACGUCACGGGAACAAGAUGGCACUGAAGGAUUUCUUCUUCUUUUUUUUAAAUAACUGAAAAUCUGCGAAUCAAAGUGCCUCCUCUCCUGUACUGUACCUGAAUUGUACCUGUACUGUACCUGUACCUCCACGUCGUCCUCACGUGCCUUAUCUAUCAUGAAGAAGCAGCAGAGUUCAGAGGUCAGAGGUCAGCAUCUGAACAUCAACUGUCCUAUGUCGGUAAAUUGAAACUGUGUGGAAAUAUUAAUAAAAAAACACAAAUCUA